AUGGAAACGCAUCUGAUUCCACAGGGGCACAACCAGCAGCACGGCUGCAGGUGCUUGGAUGUCAUGGUUAGGCUUGUGCAUGUGUACAACCUAACAACACAAACAGAGGUGUUCUCCAAGUGGAAAGAGAGGUUCGUGAUCAGCGACGAUCUGGUGAUCAAGCCGGCGGCGACGAGCACCGUCCUGUCUUUUCUUCAGAGGUUCCUCGGAGAUAGGAUCAAUGACGCCUACGAAGUGGAGGUCGACGUCGGAUGGACCCAGGUUGUUUCCUUGCUCAGAGCAUGUGUCUCGUCCACCAACAUAUUCACCGAUGUGUUUCUCGCGAAAAGAACCGAUUCUUGUUUGAUGGACACAUCAGUGCUCACGAUUACCAAACCUCGGCGUCAAGAGGCCAACGGAGACCCCGGUCCGCAGAUGAGCAUCAAGCUUUUCUUCGACAGGGAGGACAGAAAGGUCAUGUACGCUGAGUGCAAGCAUGACUUCGUGGACCUGCUCCUCAGCUUCCUGACCUACCCCAUGGGAUGCAUCCUCAAGAACCUGGCCGGCACCUUUCACCGGUUCCACGGCUUCAACAAUCUUUACAGCAGUGCCGAUGGUCUCAACACGUCUGGCUUCCUGACGGGACCCUGCUUCGGUGACAAGAGCACGCUGCUCGAUCCUAGUAUUGCUCCGUUGAAGACCCACGGCGUAGAUGGGUCGGAUCAGGCAAUUGUGGAGUGGUAUCAUCUCUGCCGGACCGGGAAGCGGCAGUACUCCCGCGCAAUGGAUAAAAGGUCUUGCCAGUUGUUCGAUUCGGUGUUUGUCGAUGAUCACACCUAUGUAGUCGACGACGAGUUGCGUAUACAUCAAGCUUCGGCCGUGUCGGUGCUGAAGCACUGGUGCAAGAGAAACCGGGAUAAUGUAGUGGAGAUGGACAUUGCUGUCAGCAAACGAGAGGCUGUCGCGCUACUGCGAGCGGCGAUCAAUUCAGAGACUGCGCUGACAGAUGCGUUCAAGGGGAGGUUUCAGCAGGAAGCACAACUGUUGCCACCUUCAAAAAAAAGAACAGGCUCACCAUCGGUGGAGAAGAUGCAGAUCUUUGUCAAGAUCUUCACAGGCUCCGACACGGUUGCUGCCGUGAGGAGUAAGAUCCAGAUGAAGGGGAAGCUAAUGGCUGAUUGUAGGUUCGUGUACGGUGGCAAAUGCCUGCAGGAUCCAUGGACCCUGGCUGAUUGUGGCAUUCGCAGAGAAGCCACCAUCCACCUUGAGUUUUACCCCCGCGGCCUUAUCAAAACAGACACAGAAUGA